AUGCUGCGUGGUCCAGAAAUGCUGAAGAGCCGCUGUUGCGUCCUAUUUGGUGACCUGAAGGUGCUGUUACUCCGGCCCCUGACUCCGGCAUUGAUCCCCAUGACCGGACACAUACCGGACAGCCAUGGGGUCCCUUCAGACGUCAGUGUACCGGACGACAACACGUUAACGGCCCAUCAGGGGCCGGGGGACAUUUGGACUGCCCCGCCACCGGGGGGUGCCAGCGGGCCGGAGAGAGACAGACUGGCGGGUGGCUCAGGCUGGGUGGAUGUGGCAGCGGCAGAGCCAUCGGGGGUAUUACACUGCAGCAGCUCCUCUGAUAGCUGGGCUAAGGACAAGCUGGAACAGAGGUUCUCCAUGUGCAGUUAUAGUGAGAGUGGCAGCAUCAGGACACCUGUCUGCAGGAUCUGCUUCCAGGGACCUGAAACGGGGGAGCUGCUGAGCCCGUGUCGCUGCAGUGGGUCGGUCCGCUGUACCCACCAGCCCUGCCUCAUCAAGUGGAUCAGUGAGAGAGGGUCCUGGGCCUGUGAGCUCUGCUACUACAAGUACCAGGUCAUCAGCACCAGCACCAGGAACCCACUACAGUGGCAGUCCAUCUCCCUGGCGGUGAUAGAGAAGGUUCAGAUAGCGGCAGCGGUUCUGGGGUCUAUGUUCCUGGUGGCCAGUCUGUCCUGGCUGGUCUGGUCGUCCUUCAGUCCCUCGGCACGCUGGCAGAGACAUGACCUGCUUUUCCAGAUCUGCUACGGCAUGUACGGAUUCAUGGACAUCGUCUGCUUCGCUCUAAUCAUCCAUGAAGGACCUUCAGUGUUCCGUAUCUUUAACCGGUGGCGGGCUGUCAACCAGCAGUGGAAGGUUCUCAACUACGACAAGACCGCUGACAGUGAGGACCUGAAGACAGCAGCCACAGUGCGGACUCUCUCUCAGCCUCAGUCUAGCCAGAGAAACCAGCCUGGGACAGGACUAGGACUAUCCUCCGCCACCUCCCCUCUGGCUGCUGCCGCCACAGCACCGGACUUAGCUACAGCAUCACCAGCCACAGGGAUAGGGCUGGUCACACAGGGUUCCACUGAGCAGGCCAGUGGGACAGCUGGACCAGACCAACACUGUGCUGCCUACAAUAUCCUCCACCUCCUCAGCCACCUGAGGCAGCCAGAGGCCCACGGCCACCCCAACCACAGCACCCGGGAGCUGGUCAUGAGAGUCACUACAGUCUGAGGCUCUGACUGAGGCCUUGUCAGGGAGAGAUUUGACAUUGAAAUGGAAGGCCUUGGUCUAAAAAAAAAAGUUUA